CCACUUUCAAUAUAAAUGCCACUUCUUCAUAUUUCUCAGAGUACUGGUGGCUCAAACACAGCAACUCAACUCACUAUGAGAAAACAGAUUGACUUUUGCUUGCAAGCAUUUACCUUUAUUCUCCUUGCAUGUCUCUUGGUUGCAGCCUCUCAGCACCAAUAUUUCUCCACCAAAUUUAUGGUUCAAUCUAUUGGAUCAGUUGAGCUCAAUGUUAUAACUGCAAAACCAAGCACAAGGGCACAUACAGGGAAAGUUUUCCCUACUUGGGUUGAAUGGAAGAAACUUCGUAGAGCUCCAUCUGGGCCAAACCCUGUGGGAAAUCAGCACCCUCCAUCCAGGCACUGAAUGGAAGCAAAGCAACUCGGUUUCUUAAGCUAAGGAAAAGAGUUCUCUUCUUAGUUUUUACAAAGUUAGAUCAAUGUACUCAUGCAGGUUAGAGAAAAAAAUCAAUCCUCAGAUUAUUGUGCUUGUACAAAAAUGGAUUUAACUGAAAGAUUCAUCUCUCUGAAAGCAGUUGUUACAUUGAAAUUGGUACUUUCUUAAUUAACUAUUCAUCUUUCAUGAUUCUA